GCGGGUAUUGUGAGGAUGGCGUUUAUAUUCAUAAACUUUCUAUUUUGGGCAAUUGGUUUAUCAGUGGUUGGUUUUGUAUCAUGGCUUCUGGCAACUAAUCCAUCAGUUACCAACUUCCUAUCUGGAACAUUUAUAUUCACGUACACUUUGAUAACAUUGGGAAUAAUCAUAUUCUUUAUUGGUUUAUUUGGUUGCAUUGGCGGUUGUUUGGAAAAUCCGUGUACAUUAAAAACGUAUAUUGGUUUUAUAACAACACUAUUCUUCCUAGAAAUUUGUGCCAUAUUGGCUGCUUACGUCCAGAAAGACCAGAUACCAAAAUACACAGCAUCUGGUUGGAAAGAAUUUAAUCCGGUUACGAGAGCUUUGGUACAAUCUGAGUUGCGUUGCUGUGGCUACAACCAUUCAUCAGAAUAUAGUGUUACACUGGAACAGCUUCCUGAUAGUUGUUUUGAUAAUGCUAAAUUUGGACCUGGUACCAUUACAACCAAAACAGAACAGACACUUUUCCAGGAUGGUUGUUGGGAGAAGAUUGAGCUAUGGAUCAACAGUAACACACCAAUAUGGGCAUCAACCUUAGCAGUUGUAGCACUCAUACAGAUUGCUAGUAUGGUAACAUCGUGUUUAGUGCUGGAAAAGGUUCAAAGAGCAAAUCCAACUGUAUCGCCUCAUGGUCUUACUAAUGGGGCAUCAGGACUACCACCCAUGGCAAUGAAAGGGAGACCUCAAGGAAGGAGUAGCAUUUCGCAAUCUGAAAGGGUUUAGAGAUGACAUUGAAGCUCGUGCCAGUUUGAUUGCUUCAAGCCGCAUAUUUUAUUUUGCAGUGAAUGAAGUCGGCAUGUCAUAGACAUUAUUUUAUCUGAAACUUACAAUUGAAGAUUUAUAAAAUAGUUCUAAUAUUUGUUAAUGUAGUAAUCUCGUAUAUCUGUAUAUAUUCCAUUUAUUCCAUCAUUACUAUGCAGCCUAUCUUAUAUCUUUUGGCAGAAGUCGACCUCUUGGAUCAUGACUUCAAUGAAUGAUAAAGCCACUCUUAAAUUUUCAUGUAUGGAUAAUAUAUUGUUUGUGUCUAAUUUAGAAUAACAUUGUUUAAUCCUGUAGACUUCGCCAAGUUAAUGGUUGUGACUUUUGAACCCCCGUAUGACUACUUAGACCAUACUCCUUAGAUAUUGUCUUAAUGUAUAAUUAAAUGACUUUGUACAGUACCAUUUUGUGAUAAGUAGUUUAUUAAAAUAUCAAUUUCUUG